CGCCGUCCGACCAACUCGCCGCCGCCCCACCCUACAGCCGCCGCCGCCGUCGUCGUCCGGUCCAUCUAUAAGAUUGAUGGCGGCUAGAAAUAAUGUUAAAGUGUACGUGUACUUUGGAGGUUACAUAAUUCCCGACGAUUGGGUAGCGAGAUAUAGUAUUGCCCACAAAACUGUAUUUCGAAUUAAACGUGACAUGUCCUUUGCUCAAUUUUUGUCGAAGUUGUAUCAACGUUUAGAGGUCGAUAUUAAUCAGUUUGGUCUAAGAGUGUGUUGCAAAUCCUACAUUUUAAAUGGAGGAAGAACGAAGGAGAUGAUCACUGAAAUGACAACGGAUGACGAUUUACAAUUGUAUAUCGAUCCAGACGAAGGGAACGACUCAAUCGAAGUAUUUGUUGAGGUCGAACCGAGAUACUUUGAUAGUGCCCCACCACAAGUGAGUGUAGAAGCAUUUGAUUUGAAUGAACCAAACAACUCACAACCACAAGUGACCCCCGAUAUUCUGGCGGCGACACAAUGUAUCCCCAACUUAGGGUUCGAAAACUAUUGUGAGCCUAGUGGAGCGAGAGAGGUCCACAUAGAUCCCUAUACAAUUAACUAUGGUAAUUUAGGGAGAUUUGUUGGUGAGUCGAGUGGGACGAGACCGAACAUUUUCGAAGAUGAUGACCCAAUAGGAGACUCCCUUGGGCCGAACAGUCCCGUGAAUUCGGAACCAUCCGAGAAUGAAACUGAUGACGAAGAAGAUGUAGAUGUGCAUGAUGUCCAAGAGACGUUGUUGCAGCACAACGAAGGGAUAGGGGCAGAAGCGGGGGAACAACCAACGUUGUAUGAGUCAAUUCCAUUUUUCUCGAUGUCAUUUCCAGAAGUCGCGGCAGAUUCUGUAGAUGUUGGAAGGGGCCGAUAUGAUAGGUUUUACGAGAGCGAUCGAGGUAUUCUUGAAGUCGGGAUGGUGUUUGAGGACAAAAAACGUCUUUGUGCUGCGGUGAGAGACCAUUCGAUUCGGUUUGCCAAACGGGAAUUUACAGUUGUCGAAAGUAAUAAGAAGAUAUGGAGUGUCAAGUGCAAGCAUAGCACAACUGAAAGGCCUUGCAGAUGGUCGUUGCGGGGUAUUGAGAAAUCUGGCAAAGAUUUCUUUAUGAUUACGAGAUAUAGUGGACCCCACAAUUGCAUAAUGGAUGAAAUGUCGAACCAACACAGAAAUUUGGACAGGAACUACAUUGCCACACUAAUGGUUCAAUCUGUUCGAGAUGAUCCAGCUUGUAAAAUAACCCAAGUACAGAAUACGGUUAGGUCUCAAUUGGGAUUUCAACUUUCAAGGAUGCAAGCUUGGUAUGGUUUGAAACGUUGCAGAGAGAACUUAUUCGGGACUUGGGAGUCCUCAAUGAACAAAUUGCCCAAGUUUAUGAAGGCACUCCAUAGAACGAACCCGGAUACGGCAAUUGAGUUUGUAUUGAAACCAACAGACAUUCCAACACGAAAGAUGAUCAGAUACUUCUUUUGGGCCUUCAAGCCAUGUUUGGAUGGAUUCAAAUUUUGUCGUAGAGUUAUUAGUGUGGAUGGAACUCAUCUCUACACUAAGUACAAACACAAGUUGCUAAUAGCGGUUUGCUUAGACGCCAAUCAACAAGUGUUACCACUUGCUUUUGCUCUUGUUGACAAUGAAACCACAGCGGCAUGGAAAUGGUUUUUUCAAAUGCUUCACAGACACCUAAUCUCUCAAAUUCCACCGGGAGAAAGUGUUUGUGUAAUUUCAGAUCGAGCUCCAGGAAUUAUACGAGCGUUAGCGGAAUUACCCGAAUAUGCAGCCCCUCACGUUUUUCAUAGGUAUUGCUUGAGACAUGUGUGCUCCAAUUUCAACAAAUAUUUUAAGAGUGUUGAUCUGAAGGAUCUAUGCUACAAAGCGGGAUCAGAAGCGCAAAUGUGGAAGUUUAAUCACAUUUUAAAUGUUAUCAAAUCUCGGAAUGUUCAAGCUUACAACUACUUGAUAGAUAUUGAUAAAGAGAAAUGGGCAUUUGCACACGAUGGUGGCAAGCGUUGUGGUCUACUUACUACAAACAUGUCAGAAGCUCAUAAUGGUGUUCUGAAGGGAACUCGACGACUUCCCAUCUCAACAAUUGUUGAUCUCACAUUCAACCGUUGUGUUAAAUAUUUUUUCGGCCGUCUCGAGGGUGCCAAUGUGAUGAUUCAAAAUGGACAGUUGUGGUCCACGUAUGCCUAUGGCAUUUACAAGACGUGUGAAGACAACUCCGUUAGUUGUUUCACGACUCGGUUUAAUCAACAACAACUUUCUGCUGAGGUGAUGACUAGAGCUCGUCCAAGUGGAGGUGGAAACAACAAACACACUGUGAGUUUAAGGGAUCGAACUUGUACUUGUGGUAAGUGGGUCCUAACAGGAAUCCCUUGCAGUCAUGUCCUACAUGUGUGCCGUGAAUGGAACAUGUCUGCCUCCGUAUAUGUGAAUGAAUGUUACACUGUUAGUCGUUUAGUGAACACUUAUGCUGGGAGUUUCCAACCCGUGUUGAGUGAACACUAUUGGGAGGAGGUUGAUUUUGAACUAAUUCAUGAUCCAACACUACUAGGAGAUCGAAGGCGCAGUAGAAUUCGUAAUGAGAUGGAUGUGGCACAAACACGGGCGAGACAACAAUCUAGAAGAGAUGAACAAGCAAGAAGGCUCUGUUAG